UCCUUAUCAGCUGGUCGGCCGCCAUGUGGGCCUCCGGGCCUGCUGCGGCGGCGCGGCCGGUUGAGGCCGGGCUCGGCCCGGCCCGCGACGGCUGGCCGCCGACGAGCGCGCUCGCGCUGCUCGUCAAGAUGGCGGCGGUGGCGAUUGCGGCGACAAAAGUUCAGGCGUACAGCGCUCAGGCGCCUGUCGUCUUUCGUCUUUUGUCGCAUUUCGCACACCCGCGCGCUCCGCGAGGGCAUGAGCCUUCCGCGAUUCGAUCCCGCAGCCAAAAGCUGCUCGCUCGAACCGCGGCCGACUCUGCCAUCGCGGCCGCAGCUGUUGAGCUCUUCGCAGAAGACUGGUGCCUCAUAUGCUGCCUCCCUGCGGAUGUCAGGCAUUCGUGGCAUCCGAUGGGUCGCCCAGAGUAUCGACCUCUGGCUUGUCAGUCGCGGUCACUUGAUGACCCCCAUGAAGUACAGCGAUCGCCAUCUCGCUGGCCUCUUCGCAGGCCCCCCCGACCGCGUCGAACUCAUCGGCGCGGGCUCUCUCGGCUACGGGACCGGCCCCAGCUUCGGCUGAGGGCUAACAAGCUGCCGAGCCCAAAUCACUGUGACAGUCGUGAUUUCUUGUUGGUCUUUAAAAAUCUCCGAUUUCGUGAC